AAACAAAAUUUUCAAGAUGCAAAGUGUAUUGUUUAAAAAUUUUUCUUUUUCUUUUGCGAGCAAAUUAAAUUUUUCAACUACUACAACUAAAAAAAUUGACUCCGUUGUAGCUCAUAAAUCAGCCCGACUCCCGUCUGGUUUUAAUCCAAUUACUCCAUUUGCUGUUUUUGUUAAAGAAAAAAUGAAAAAUUCUACUGGGGAAAAAGCGUCUGAAUUGGUAAAAAAAGUUGCAAAAUCAUGGAAGGAAAUGAGCGAUUUGGAUAAAAAAUCUUAUGUUGAGAAUGCAAAAAUAAUUUCUCAAAAAAGGAAGGAUGAAUUUUCACAAUUUUCUGUACAACAACAAGAAGAUUUGAUGAAAUCUAAUGCUUCUCUUAUUGAAAAACGUAAACGUGGCAAACUUUUGCAUGAUCUUCAUGAAUUUUAUAAACAAACAAAUAAACCAAAGCGUCCAAUGAAUGGUUUUUUACUCUUUUGUAAAGAUGGUAUGGAAAAAAAUCAAACCCCUAAGGGAAAAGAAGAAAUUAUUCAAGUUGGAAAAGAUUUUGGACAACAAUGGAAGCUUAUGACUGAUGUUGACAAAAAAUUUUAUUUGGAAAAGGCUGAAAAUCUUAAAAAUCAUUACAAUAAAGAAUUACAAGUUUGGAAGGAUGUUAAUGCAGAUGAAAUUUCAAAAUGGAAUGAUAAAUUGAAAUUAGGGAAGAAGACUACGCUUAAAAAAUGA